AUGGAGGAAAUUGCUAUCAGUGAACCUCCUUGUGGAACCUGGUUUGUCAUCUGGACUGCGACCUCUGAACGUCCCAUCAAGAUUUACCUGGCGUGCAGGAACACCCAAAACCUCUAUCGCCUCCAUUUACCUUUCACUAGUAUGCCAUCUGCCAAAAUAUAUUAUGACUCAGAUGCAGAUCUCUCGCUCCUGGAGGGCAAGCAGAUUGUCUUCCUUGGUUUUGGAAAUCAGGGCGCCGCUCAGGCCCAGAAUUUGCGUGAUUCUGGUAUUCCUAACGAGAGAAUUUUGAUUGCAAACCGUAGGGAUGCAUAUGCAGAAGAUGCGACCUCCAAAGGUUUCAUAGUUGAACACGAUUUCGUCAAGGCAGCUUUUGUGGCCGACAUUUUAUUCAUUCUCAUCCCUGAUCAGGUACAACCCAAAGUUUUCAACGAACAAUUCGCUCCCAACUUGAAGCCGUCUGCGACCAUUGUAGUGGCCAGUGGAUAUAAUGUUCUCUUCAAACUUUUGACCUUUAGCCCGCAACAAGACGUUGUUAUGGUUGCCCCUAGAAUGAUAGGAAGUUCUGUACGCUCGCUUUAUCAGAAAGGCAAGGGAUAUCCUUGUUUCGUUUCGGUCGAACAAGAUGGCACUGGGAAGGGAUUUUCUAUCGCCCUGGCUCUUUCUCGAGCAAUUGGCGCAACUAAAGCUGGCGCAAUAGCUUCCUCUGCUCGUGAGGAAACGGCUAUGGAUCUUCUUGCUGAACAAGCACUUUGGCCAAAUAUCAUCAUGCUGUUUCGCGAAGCAUUCAGUGUGCUAAAGGAAGCAGGAUGUUCAGAUGAGGCAUUGUGUUAUGAAAUGUGGAUGUCAAAGGAGCCUGCUGAGAUCUUUGAACGUGCAGCAGAAGAGGGAUUUAUCACCCAGUUAAAGCACCAUUCUAUAGUAUCGCAGUAUGGGCAACUUAAUGGUGCUCUGUCUUUGGACGGCGUUUCCACUAGGGCCCAUUUUAAAGAUAUUCUAAAUAAUCAGAUUCUUAGUGGAAAAUUUUCCCGUCACCUUACCAAUAUUGAGCCCGAGCUCGAGUUGGAGGGUUUUGACAAUCCGUUGAAUCGAUUGUAUGAACAAAUGGAACAGUCGGAAUUGGCACAAGCGGAAAAAAGAGUGCGAGAAAGAUUGGCUGGUUUGCUUUAG